AUGUCACAUUUUUUGGAAUAUAAAGAGUUGUUCGAUCGAAAACAAUGCAACAAUCACGGAAUUCAUAUUAAAAUUGCUGGCCAGGAAAUCUGUCUAUGCGAUAAUGAAUAUUCGGGUGAUAAGUGUAUGGAUGGCCCAUGCGACAGCUCGAUGAGUUGUAAUGGAAAUGGCACAUGUUUUGGAACGUCGCAACGAAGCAUUUGUAUUUGCAAUAAUGGAGAAAUUGGGUCGAACUGCGAAAAUUCCAGAAACUCUUCUUUUUUCAAACGUAGAGUUCGAAAAGCUGCAGAGAUGCCUUGCGAUUCAAGUGAUUGCAAUAAUCAUGGAAUUUGUAUUGGAACAAAAAAAUUGCCAAUUUGCAUUUGCUAUAUGCCUUAUAUAGGAAAAAAUUGCGCACAAAAUGCUUUGGAAACAGUGAAAACAAGUUUAACAACAAAAAAUAUUCCUGGACAUACGAUCAUUUGUAAUUCGGCUGAUUGCAAUAAUAAAGGUUUAUGCAUUGGAACGAAAGCCAAUUAUGUUUGUCUAUGCAAUCUUGGUUAUGCAGGACGACAAUGUCAAAAAGCAAUUGAUAUAUUAUGCGAAAAUUCGGAUUGUCAUAAUAAUGGCCUAUGCUUGGGCACUAAACAGCAUAAAAUUUGUGCAUGUCAUAUUGGAUAUUCGGGUAAUUCAUGUGAAAAUAAAUUCGAUAUGUUUUGUGAUGCAAGCGAUUGUAACAACCAAGGUAUAUGUAUCGGUGAGAAAGGGAAAUUCUUAUGUUUAUGUAAUUUUGGAUCAUUCGGUGAGCGUUGUGAAUCGUAUCUCGAUGCGAAUUUACAGCCAAUCUUGGCUAAUGCUCCAUGCGAAUUGAAAGAUUGCAGUAAUAAUGGCAUUUGUAUUGGAACAAAAAAGUCCCCCACUUGUUUAUGCAAUUUAGGACAUAGUGGUGACCGAUGCCAAUAUAGUUCUUUUUCUUUUAACUUCUAA